UAAGGCCACAUAAAAACAGACACUACUUGUUAACUCAGAUACAGACACUUUCCAGGUCACUUGGCUCCUGUUUCUUGCCUAGUAGUACCUCCUUCUCCUCUGUGGUUUCGAAGUAAAGAACAGCUCGAAUUUUUUUUAGUUCAGCUCAUGCCAAAUGGUUAUUUGAGGUGAGUGGACAACUUGAACCUUAUUCUCUGAAUUAGGCCAGGAGAAUCCAUGGAGAGAUACAUGAUUAAUGAUAAGUGGGAUACUAUAAAAAGAGGAUGCAGGUAUUAGUGACAGGUGGCUAUUAGUGUGCCAGCAAUUUCCAACUUAACUACCAUACUGCUACUAUUUUUCAGCAGAGGGGCCUUAAAAACAUCCAGGUCUUUCAGGCUGACAUCUAAUAGCAUCACUACAAGAAUUUAAUAGGAAAAAUUUAGAGAGCAAAUAUUUGCCUUCCCAGGUUCCAUAGAGUUCACUCAAUUGGCCUUCAAUUGGUCACGCCACAACCUCCCACUCACAGUCUCCGAUGGAAGAAGUCUACAUUUAGUAACGUAAAUACUGGCUGGUUUAUCUCAUACCCAUGUCAAGGUGAGCUUGUCGUAUAAAGAGACACCAAUUCCCUUUAUCGCCAAUCUCUCUGUCAAGUCCUGCAAGAAUGAAGUUCCUGACCCUGCUUUUCCUGCUGUCGGGUGCGUAGGUGCCCUCACCCCCGGACUUGGUAACAGUCAGCCUGACUCUAACCUCUGUGUCUCUCCUCAGUGGGCGCAGCCAGCGCUGAUGUCUCUCCCCGGGCCAUGUGGCUGUUCCGCAAGCUGAUCAAGUGCACCCUGCCAGACAGCCACCCGCUGCUGGACUUCAACGGCUACGGCUGCUACUGCGGCUUGGGAGGCAGCGGGACUCCAGUUGAUGAGCUCGACAGGUGCUGCCAGGUACACGAUAACUGCUACGGAGAGGCACAGAAAUUGGACUCAUGCAGAUUCCUCCUGGACAACCCCUACACCAAGUCCUACAAGUACAGCUGCUCCAGCGGGGAGAUUACAUGUAGCAGCAAGAACGACGAGUGCUCCUCGUUCAUCUGCAACUGCGACCGCACCGCUGCCAUAUGCUUCGCCAACACGCCCUACAACCCCGAACACAAGGAUCUGGAUAAAAAGAAAUACUGCCAAUAAUUCUCCCUUCCUGCCCCUCAGGGCGGCCGCAGACUU